UCUGCCUCAUCUCUGCCUCAUCUCUCUCUCUCUCUCUCUCUCUCUCUCUCUUCCUCAUACUUAAAGCUCAUUGUGGCCAAACAGGCUUAGAUACAUCGCUAUGGCGACCGUAAAUCAUUAUCAGUCACCGUCGGGGUGCUAUGCGCUGAGGUCCCUUGAGACGGCAUAACCAGCCUCAAGCGAGAAGUGAGGGCAGAGGCUCAGGCUGGGGGACGGGGGGGGGGGGGGGACAGGAACGCCGCGGGCACCCAAGACUGCAUAGGACACUCCCAGCCAGGGAGCCUCACUCUAUUUUGACUUCACGGGAGUGCAGAGAAAGGGAGCAGGUUAUAUUUCCAGGGCAGCAGUGAGGUAGCGAGCAUGGCGUCCUGGUUCAGCUGGGGCGAGCCGUGCCCGCGGCGGCCGCAGAGGAGCCCAGCCGACGUGGUGACGGACACCCUGAUGCUGGAGCUCAGUUGGCAGAUGAAGGAGGCGGAGCGGCUGCAGCGGGAACGGGACAGCGAGUACCAGCGGCUGCGCACCGGCGUGGACUACAGCUGGCUGAUGAGCUUCCCACGGAGCAGCUACGAGCUGCGGGCCGGCGAGCGGCUGGGCCUGGAGGAGCUCUGCUCCAAGGUGCACCCCUCACACUGCGGCCGGGUCAUAGUCAGGUUCCGGCAGGUGAUGGUAGAGAACGAGCCGGAUGUACAGGAGGUUACCGGCCUAUUCCGCACCAUCCUGCUGGAGGCGUUGGACUGGAUGCGGGAUGAGGAGGAGGCCAAGAGGCUGUCCCGUCAGUGGAACAACAAGCGUGCCGCGAGCAUGUCCCUCAUGGGCUUCAGGUCCCGUGUCCGCAUUGACCCAUUUGGCAGCAGUGAGGUGAAGACGAUCUCAGAGGACGUGGAAAGGGGGCUGGUGAGGGGCUCGGAGGGGGCCGAGGAGGCCAGGCGGGGCUGGAGCAUGCCCGACUUUAAGCACAACAAGGGCAUGUGACUGCCCCGGGGCAUCCUGGGAUAGGUCAUCUGACAGGGAGACACACGGGCAGCAAGUCACCAAGAAACAAGGACGUGAACGACUUGUGGUUCACGAGUCUUUCAGAAGCAGGUGAAAAGAUCAACCUCUGCCUGUGUAGUUCUCUUGAAUAGGGUCUGAUAAACUCAUUUUGUAAAGAUGGCCAUUUAUCACACUUGACAAACUGUAAGGCUCAUUUCCAGGAACAUUUACGGCAGAUUAUAACAACGGAUUGAUUAUAAUCUGCUGCAUCUUUGAAGGACAGCAGGCUAUAUGUUUGUACGGAUGUUAAGCAACAACUUAUGAAUAUUAGUUUAUAGACACCUACAUUAAAGCCAGACUUCACAUUUUGAAAUAAAGGACGUGACUUUAAUUACUGAACUGCUGCCGUAAGAACACCCACUAGUGACAUUCCUGUUUGAAAUUCAGGGUGGCAGACGACCUUGCAGUGCUGCACCUCAUCCGGGAAAAAGUUGAUCAAAGACAUCGGCACCUAAAAUCUACGAUAAUUAA